AUGCCAAAGAAAGCCAAGAAAAGUGGAGGAAGAAAGGGUUCUGGGUUCCUACAGGACAGAGCUCAGGCUGAGGAGGAGGAGGCCAAGAAGAGAGAGGAGACACUCACACAGUUUCUGAAGGACAAGUUGGAGAAGGAGGAGAAGAACACUGCAGUGAACCUGCUGAAGGUGGGUGAAGGCUGGAGGGCGAUUCUCCUUCAGACUCAAGACCCUGAGUUUCGUGAAGAAAUCACCACCUUCAGUCAGACGUUUGAGAGUGAGAUGGCUGGCCUGGACAGCAUCAUCAAUGACCUGGCGCGUGACCUGCAGGAGAAGGCGCGCCAGUCGACUCGGGGGCGCCAGGUUCACCUGCAGCGUCUGGAGCGUCUGUGGGCUCUGCAUGAGAAGCGAAUGAUGACUGUGCAGCAGCAUUGGGAGAACGGCAUGCAGCAGCUGAGCUCCAGGUUCAACUAUGAGUGGAAGGGACAAUCUCAGCAGCAGCUCGCUGAUCUAAAAGACACAACACGCACUGUGGAGCAGAAAUACAAAGAAGUGAUGGAUGAAAUCCAGGCACUGUACACGGGCAGCAUUUCAUCCUACAAUGACGCUCUUAGAGCGCAGAAAUUAAGUCACGGCAAUGAAAAGACAACAAAGAAGAAGACUGUUGAGACCAAGGAGGGUCUGCAGUUCUGCCGCAAAAAACAACAACAACUGGACAAGAUGGUUGAUAGAGAGCAGCAGUACAUUCAGCGAACAGCUGAAAAGAUCAAGGCGGUUAAAGGGCUGCAGGACAAAAUCAUUCAUGUGAGGGGGAGGCUGAAGUCCAUUAAGACAGAAAAUAAGCCAAAGGAACGAGAUCUGGUGACCACCGUCACUGAGGUGAAUAAAAAGACUGACAAGCUUUCCAAGCAGCUGAAUCAGAAUCGUUCAGCGGCGAGGGAACAGCUCAUCGACCUCAGUGUACAGAGCAACAAGGCCGCCAAGAAACUGCAGGCAAUGAUCACCAAGGGUGAGAAGGUUUUACGUGUUGGUGAAAUGUGCCGAAAGCUGGAAAUCAAGCACGAAGAGGUCUUGUCAUCAUUGUCAUCAGCUGCAGAUUAUCAAAGAUCCGUGACUGAGGGGGAGGAGGUGGAAAAGGAGACAUCUGAGUUUCCAGAGUUGAUGCGGCGCAUGAACACCGCUCUGCUGGUUCGAGACACUCUGAAGAAACAGAAACAGGAUCUGAGGCAGCAGAACCAGCAGCUGAGGCGUCAGCUGCGUCAGCAACUGGACGACAUGAGUGUCAGCGACAACACCCUCGACGGACACGGCGCUCCCCUCACCGUAUCCAAGGUCCCGACCACGACGGUCCCACCGCUCACCAACAGAAGUUCCAACGACAAAAUGGCUAUUUCACAUACAGCUUCUCCAAAACAAUCUUAA